CCACAGUGGAAGAAGGACAGACUUUCGGUUGUGCUGGGUCAGCCGAAGUCAGUUUGUGUUUGAUCUCAUCUCUUCAGCCAUGGGACUUCUUCUGUGUGUGGCGCUAUUAUCGCUGCUGCUAAUUGGAGAGCUUCAGGCAAGCGCUAAACCUUCCUAUUGGGGAUUUGAGCCAGGCAUUUUGGACAUGAGCUAUGAGCCCCAGGUUCCCAUGCCUCAGCCCCAGGUUCCCAUCUACCAGCCCAUGCCUCAGCCUCAGCCCCAGGUUCCCAGCUACCAGCCCAAGCCUCAGCCCCAGGUUCCCAGCUACCAGCCCAAGCCUCAGCCCCAGGUUCCCAGCUACCAGCCCAAGCCUCAGCCCCAGGUUCCCAGCUACCAGCCCAAGCCUCAGCCCCAGGUUCCCAGCUACCAGCCCAAGCCUCAGCCCCAGGUUCCCAGCUACCAGCCCAAGCCUCAGCCCCAGGUUCCCAGCUACCAGCCCAUGCCUCAGCCUCAGCCCCAGGUUCCCAGCUACCAGCCCAUGCCUCAGCCUCAGCCCCAGGUUCCCAGCUACCAGCCCAUGCCUCAGCCUCAGCCCCAGGUUCCCAGCUACCAGCCCAAGCCUCAGCCCCAGGUUCCCAGCUACCAGCCCAUGCCUCAGCCUCAGCCCCAGGUUCCCAGCUACCAGCCCAUGCCUCAGCCUCAGCCCCAGGUUCCCAGCUACCAGCCCAAGCCUCAGCCCCAGGUUCCCGUCUACCAGUCCAUGCCUCAGCCUCAGCCUCAGCCCCAGGUUCCCAGCUACCAGCCCAAGCCUCAGCCCCAGGUUCCCAGCUACCAGCCCAAGCCUCAGCCCCAGGUUCCCAGCUACCAGCCCAAGCCUCAGCCCCAGGUUCCCGUCUACCAGCCCAUGCCUCAGCCCCAGGUUCCCGUCUACCAGCCCAUGCCCAAGCCUCAGCCCCAGGUUCCCGUCUACCAGCCCAUGCCCAAGCCUCAGCCCCAGGUUCCCGUCUACCAGCCCAUGCCAAAGCCUCAGCCCCGGCCCCAGGUUCCCAGCUACCAGCCCAAGCCUCAGCCUCAGCCUCGGCCCCAGGUUCCCAGCUACCAGCCCAAGCCUCAGCCUCAGCCUCGGCCCCAGGUUCCCAGCUACCAGCCCAAGCCUCAGCCUCAGCCUCGGCCCCAGGUUCCCAGCUACCAGCCCAUGCCUCAGCCUCGGCCCCAGGUUCCCAGCUACCAGCCCAUGCCUCAGCCCCAGGUUCCCAGCUACCAGCCCAUGCCUCAGCCCCAGGUUACCGUCUACCAGUCCAUGCCCAAGCCUCAGCCCCAGGUUCCCGUCUACCAGCCCAUGCCCAAGCCUCAGCCCCAGGUUCCCGUCUACCAGCCCAUGCCUCAGCCUCAGCCUCGGCCCCAGGUUCCCGUCUACCAGCCCAUGCCUCAGCCUCAGCCUCGGCCCCAGGUUCCCAUCUACCAGCCCAUGCCUCAGCCUCAGCCCCAGGUUCCCAUCUACCAGCCCAAGCCUCAGCCCCAGGUUCCCAUCUACCAGCCCAAGCCUCAGCCCCAGGUUCCCAGCUACCAGCCCAAGCCUCAGCCCCAGGUUCCCAGCUACCAGCCCAAGCCUCAGCCCCAGGUUCCCAGCUACCAGCCCAAGCCUCAGCCCCAGGUUCCCAGCUACCAGCCCAAGCCUCAGCCCCAGGUUCCCAGCUACCAGCCCAAGCCUCAGCCCCAGGUUCCCAGCUACCAGCCCAAGCCUCAGCCCCAGGUUCCCAGCUACCAGCCCAUGCCUCAGCCUCAGCCCCAGGUUCCCAGCUACCAGCCCAUGCCUCAGCCCCAGGUUCCCAGCUACCAGCCCAUGCCUCAGCCUCAGCCCCAGGUUCCCAGCUACCAGCCCAUGCCUCAGCCUCAGCCCCAGGUUCCCAGCUACCAGCCCAUGCCUCAGCCCCAGGUUCCCAGCUACCAGCCCAUGCCUCAGCCUCAGCCCCAGGUUCCCAGCUACCAGCCCAAGCCUCAGCCCCAGGUUCCCAGCUACCAGCCCAAGCCUCAGCCCCAGGUUCCCAGCUACCAGCCCAUGCCUCAGCCUCAGCCCCAGGUUCCCAGCUACCAGCCCAUGCCUCAGCCUCAGCCCCAGGUUCCCAGCUACCAGCCCAAGCCUCAGCCCCAGGUUCCCGUCUACCAGUCCAUGCCUCAGCCUCAGCCUCGGCCCCAGGUUCCCAUCUACCAGCCCAUGCCUCAGCCCCAGGUUCCCAGCUACCAGCCCAUGCCUCAGCCCCAGGUUCCCGUCUACCAGUCCAUGCCCAAGCCUCAGCCCCAGGUUCCCGUCUACCAGCCCAUGCCCAAGCCUCAGCCCCAGGUUCCCAUCUACCAGCCCAUGCCUCAGCCUCAGCCUCGGCCCCAGGUUCCCAGCUACCAGCCCAAGCCUCAGCCUCAGCCUCAGCCUCGGCCCCAGGUUCCCAGCUACCAGCCCAAGCCUCAGCCUCGGCCCCAGGUUCCCAGCUACCAGCCCAUGCCUCAGCCCCAGGUUCCCAGCUACCAGCCCAUGCCUCAGCCCCAGGUUCCCAGCUACCAGCCCAUGCCUCAGCCCCAGGUUACCGUCUACCAGUCCAUGCCCAAGCCUCAGCCCCAGGUUCCCGUCUACCAGCCCAUGCCUCAGCCUCAGCCUCGGCCCCAGGUUCCCGUCUACCAGCCCAUGCCUCAGCCUCAGCCUCGGCCCCAGGUUCCCAUCUACCAGCCCAUGCCUCAGCCUCAGCCCCAGGUUCCCAUCUACCAGCCCAAGCCUCAGCCCCAGGUUCCCAUCUACCAGCCCAAGCCUCAGCCCCAGGUUCCCAGCUACCAGCCCAAGCCUCAGCCCCAGGUUCCCAGCUACCAGCCCAAGCCUCAGCCCCAGGUUCCCAGCUACCAGCCCAAGCCUCAGCCCCAGGUUCCCAGCUACCAGCCCAAGCCUCAGCCCCAGGUUCCCAGCUACCAGCCCAAGCCUCAGCCCCAGGUUCCCAGCUACCAGCCCAUGCCUCAGCCUCAGCCCCAGGUUCCCAGCUACCAGCCCAUGCCUCAGCCUCAGCCCCAGGUUCCCAGCUACCAGCCCAUGCCUCAGCCUCAGCCCCAGGUUCCCAGCUACCAGCCCAUGCCUCAGCCUCAGCCCCAGGUUCCCAGCUACCAGCCCAUGCCUCAGCCCCAGGUUCCCAGCUACCAGCCCAUGCCUCAGCCUCAGCCCCAGGUUCCCAGCUACCAGCCCAAGCCUCAGCCCCAGGUUCCCAGCUACCAGCCCAAGCCUCAGCCCCAGGUUCCCAGCUACCAGCCCAUGCCUCAGCCUCAGCCCCAGGUUCCCAGCUACCAGCCCAUGCCUCAGCCUCAGCCCCAGGUUCCCAGCUACCAGCCCAAGCCUCAGCCCCAGGUUCCCGUCUACCAGUCCAUGCCUCAGCCUCAGCCUCGGCCCCAGGUUCCCAUCUACCAGCCCAUGCCUCAGCCCCAGGUUCCCAGCUACCAGCCCAUGCCUCAGCCCCAGGUUCCCGUCUACCAGUCCAUGCCCAAGCCUCAGCCCCAGGUUCCCGUCUACCAGCCCAUGCCCAAGCCUCAGCCCCAGGUUCCCAUCUACCAGCCCAUGCCUCAGCCUCAGCCUCGGCCCCAGGUUCCCAGCUACCAGCCCAAGCCUCAGCCUCAGCCUCAGCCUCGGCCCCAGGUUCCCAGCUACCAGCCCAAGCCUCAGCCUCGGCCCCAGGUUCCCAGCUACCAGCCCAUGCCUCAGCCCCAGGUUCCCAGCUACCAGCCCAUGCCUCAGCCCCAGGUUCCCAGCUACCAGCCCAUGCCUCAGCCCCAGGUUCCCGUCUACCAGUCCAUGCCCAAGCCUCAGCCCCAGGUUCCCGUCUACCAGCCCAUGCCUCAGCCUCAGCCUCGGCCCCAGGUUCCCGUCUACCAGCCCAUGCCUCAGCCUCAGCCUCGGCCCCAGGUUCCCAUCUACCAGCCCAUGCCUCAGCCUCAGCCCCAGGUUCCCAUCUACCAGCCCAAGCCUCAGCCCCAGGUUCCCAUCUACCAGCCCAAGCCUCAGCCCCAGGUUCCCAUCUACCAGCCCAAGCCUCAGCCCCAGGUUCCCAUCUACCAGCCCAAGCCUCAGCCCCAGGUUCCCAGCUACCAGCCCAAGCCUCAGCCCCAGGUUCCCAGCUACCAGCCCAAGCCUCAGCCCCAGGUUCCCAGCUACCAGCCCAAGCCUCAGCCCCAGGUUCCCAGCUACCAGCCCAUGCCUCAGCCUCAGCCCCAGGUUCCCAGCUACCAGCCCAUGCCUCAGCCUCAGCCCCAGGUUCCCAGCUACCAGCCCAAGCCUCAGCCCCAGGUUCCCAGCUACCAGCCCAAGCCUCAGCCCCAGGUUCCCAGCUACCAGCCCAUGCCUCAGCCUCAGCCCCAGGUUCCCAGCUACCAGCCCAUGCCUCAGCCUCAGCCCCAGGUUCCCAGCUACCAGCCCAUGCCUCAGCCUCAGCCCCAGGUUCCCAGCUACCAGCCCAAGCCUCAGCCCCAGGUUCCCGUCUACCAGCCCAUGCCUCAGCCUCAGCCCCAGGUUCCCAGCUACCAGCCCAAGCCUCAGCCCCAGGUUCCCGUCUACCAGCCCAUGCCUCAGCCUCAGCCUCGGCCCCAGGUUCCCAUCUACCAGCCCAUGCCUCAGCCUCAGCCCCAGGUUCCCAGCUACCAGCCCAAGCCUCAGCCCCAGGUUCCCAGCUACCAGCCCAAGCCUCAGCCCCAGGUUCCCAGCUACCAGCCCAUGCCUCAGCCCCAGGUUCCCAGCUACCAGCCCAUGCCUCAGCCCCAGGUUCCCAGCUACCAGCCCAUGCCUCAGCCUCAGCCCCAGGUUCCCAGCUACCAGCCCAUGCCUCAGCCUCAGCCCCAGGUUCCCGUCUACCAGCCCAUGCCCAAGCCUCAGCCCCAGGUUCCCGUCUACCAGCCCAUGCCUCAGCCUCAGCCUCGGCCCCAGGUUCCCAGCUACCAGCCCAAGCCUCAGCCUCAGCCUCAGCCCCAGGUUCCCAGCUACCAGCCCAAGCCUCAGCCCCAGGUUCCCGUCUACCAGCCCAUGCCUCAGCCUCAGCCUCGGCCCCAGGUUCCCAUCUACCAGCCCAUGCCUCAGCCUCAGCCCCAGGUUCCCAGCUACCAGCCCAAGCCUCAGCCCCAGGUUCCCAGCUACCAGCCCAUGCCUCAGCCCCAGGUUCCCAGCUACCAGCCCAUGCCUCAGCCCCAGGUUCCCAGCUACCAGCCCAUGCCUCAGCCCCAGGUUCCCAGCUACCAGCCCAAGCCUCAGCCUCAGCCCCAGGUUCCCGUCUACCAGCCCAUGCCCAAGCCUCAGCCCCAGGUUCCCGUCUACCAGCCCAUGCCCAAGCCUCAGCCCCAGGUUCCCGUCUACCAGCCCAUGCCUCAGCCUCAGCCUCGGCCCCAGGUUCCCAGCUACCAGCCCAAGCCUCAGCCUCAGCCUCGGCCCCAGGUUCCCAGCUACCAGCCCAAGCCUCAGCCUCGGCCCCAGGUUCCCAGCUACCAGCCCAUGCCUCAGCCCCAGGUUCCCAGCUACCCGCCCAGGCCUCGGCCUCAGCCUCGGCCCCAGCCUCGGCCCCGGCCUCAGCCUCCCAGCUACCGGCCCAAGCCUCGGCCCCGGCCUCAGCCUCCCAGCUACCGGCCCAAGCCUCGGCCUCGGCCCCAGGUUCCCAGCUACCAGCCCAAGCCUCAGCCUCGGCCUCGGCCCCAGGUUCCCAGCUACCGGCCCAAGCCUCAGCCUCGGCCUCGGCCCCAGGUUCCCAGCUACCGGCCCAAGCCCCAGGUUCCCAGCUACCGGCCCCAGGUUCCCAGCUACUGGCAUCACUACCAGCCCAAGCAGCGGCCCCAGCAUCCCCGCUACCGGCGUCGCUACCAGCCCAAGCUAUAACGAGAUUUUGCUGUGAUCUCAUCUUGAGCAUGAGGCAAUCAUUGAAAAAUAUCUGGGUGGUGUUUCCACUAAUGGGCCUUGUUUCUAAGCUUGUACCAUGUCAGCCUUUUGAGAAAUAAAAUGCAUUUUGUACUA